AAAUUGUGGCGCCAGACUGGACCCCACAAUGUCUCAGACCCGGAUUCCAUCCGACUUCAAUCCUCUAUCUCCCUUCUUUAGCAUCUCUCCAUUGCAACUUUGUCACACCUAACACAACGUCAACAUGCGCAUCUCUCCCAUCUGCCUUUCCUUGCUGCCUCUGGCAGCAGCAACAACUCCACUCUUACCACAGCACAUCUUCUCCAACCCCUCUUACUCCUCUUCCGAAUACAAAAUCCCAACCAGCUCCGAAUCAGCAAUCCUGGCCCGCCGAAUCCUACACCUCACGCCCCUCGGCACACUAUCAACAAUCUUCCCUACUUCACAUCAUACCUCCGAACAUACCCAAGAACAAAGGCCAGCUGGCUUAGAAGGAAUGCCAAUCGGACUCAUGGACUACAUCUCUGACUGCGAGACCUCUGGAGACCCCACAAUCCUCGCUAUAAACAUAGCAACAAGCUUCAAAAACGUUGCUUCCGGCUCUAACAUCUCCUUGUCUUUGCAAUGGACGCCUCCGUACCCUCCGAAAUCAAGAAUCGAGUCUAUGAAGAAUACGUUUGCAUAUUCCGCCGCGAAUCUCCCUCGAUUCUCUCUCCUCGGAUAUUUAGAAAAAAUCCCCGCCUCAGAAGUCGAAGCACAGGAUAUUGGCACUUGUUUUGUGAAGCAGCAUAGAGAUUCAAAGUAUUGGCUGCCAGGGAAUAAGAUCCAUGAGUCUGAGUGGGUGAGGCUGGUUGUGCAGGAGGUGUAUUGGAUUGGUGGGUUUGGGGAUCGAGCUUAUAUUGGGUGGAUUCCUGUUGAGCAGUGGAGGAAUGUGAGUAAGGCGGAGUGGGAGGGUGUUAGGUUGCCGGGAGAGAAGAAGGGGUGGAAAGAAUGGAGUAGUAACUGGUUUGGGGGGUUGGAACUAUGAGGGAAAGGUCGACGAGGAAGGAAUAAUAUGGGGUAUAUACUGGACAUAUAUUAUGUGCAUAUGGAGUAUGGAGUAGGAUCGAAUCGUAUUUCACUGGAGAAAUUGGGAUUCUAUGGCUGCCAAAGCUAUGUACU